AUGCAGUUCACCGCUUUGAAUGCUGGCUUGAAAUGGGCCGCUGUCAUUCUCCUCAGCCCCCACCUCUUCUCAGUUUGCAUGAGCGCAGCGGUCGCCAGUGGGGUUCGCGAAGCCGAAAAUCAGACGACGUCGACUAAGAUGUUUCCCGCGGGGAUGUACUCUCCAGGAUUGCCCGAUCCCACAGUGGACCGCUAG